AUGAGCAAGGUAAGACCAUCACCGUUCUAUGGCGAAUGGGCUGGCCAUCCCAUGCCAGACCUCGAAACAGUCCACAGACACAUCAGGAUCAAGCGACCGGACAAGCCCAUUAUCUGGCUCGCAGGUGACUCUUCACUAGACAACAAGGCUUGGGUCCCAUCAGCAGGACCUGGCGGUGAGCCUCUGCCUGUAGAUGUGCCCGCUAUCUACAACGCCUACCUCAACCCAGCUGUGCCAAAACCCGAUGUAGCGUUCUGGCUCAAUCACCAUCUUGCGGACUCAGCGACGGCGCUGAAUACCGCAGUCGAAGCGAGUCUGUUACGAAGCAGAGAUGAGGACCUCUUGGCCCACGACAAGUUCAUCCGAGACAACAUCUACAAGGACGACAUCCUGAUUGUUUCCGUCGGUGCCAACGACAUCGCCCUAUCUCCGAGUGCAAGCACAAUGCGGCACAUGGCUCAACUCGCAUGGCUGACACCCCGGAGUUCUAUCGACAAUGGAACAGCGUGGUCAUUGCCACACUUCAAGCACAUGUUCAAGGACCAUACCGAAGCGUAUGUAUCUCGGAUAAUCGAGAAGCAGAAACCCCGAGCUGUAAUCGUAUGCAUGAUAUACUUCCCACUACAAGCCGAUACUGGCGCACAACCCGGCUGGGCAGAGAGCCAGCUCAAGUUACUUGGCUACAAUCAUGAUCCAGGCCAGCUACAGGCGGCGAUCAAGAAGAUUUACGAGCAGGCGACUGCGAAUGUUGAGCUUACCGGGACCACGGUGAUACCUUGUGCGCUGUUCGAGGUUAUGAACGGACAGACGAAAGACGAUUAUACGGCUCGAGUUGAGCCAAGUGUUGAAGGUGGGAAGAAGAUGGCUAGCCUCCUUCACGACAAGAUAUUAAUGCUCGCACUGUGA